AUGUCAACUAAAGAGGUAGAAGAAGAAACAGAGAAAAAGAUCUCAAACAACAGCUCCCAAUUAUCUCCUGAUGUAACUCGGUCUAGUUACCAUAACUUAAGGAGAUCUCUGCAGAGCCUUCUGAAUUCUCCCCUUCAUGCUAGAGUUUCCUCAGGAGAUUCUGCUGUACUGGAGGCCAUUCGAUUGGCAAUGAGUGGCGCAACUCAAGCAAACAAAUGGGAAUUUUACUACAUGAUCUGGAAAGCUGUGUUCAGCAGUCAGGUUGGAGCUACAAGUUCAGAGCUGCACUAUCAACUGCCCCAGCUGCUUUUCUAUCUUUUUCAGGCAACCAAGGACUCUGAACCUUUCUUUGCAUUUGUUGAAAAGUUGAUGCCAUCAGGAGUCAACUGGAAAGUUGUACUAAGGUCCAUACAGGAUGAAGCCUGUUACGUUACUUCAGUUAUGAGCAGAAGAUCCUUCAGUGAUUACAUUGGAGUGCUUCUUGCAGUCAGUGUGAAGUCAAAUAGGUCAACAAUGGGGACUGACCCCUUCAGUAUUCAAAAUAUACUGUUGAGUUUCGUUAAGAAGGUGCGUCAAGCCUUUUCCAAUGAAUUGAAGCCCAUUUGGUAUUUCUUUGGUCAGACUGUGUUCCCAUUGUUUGAAUCUUACAUUGGUCGCAUCACAAAACAAAUCCUUUUGACGCUAACAAACUUUGUCUUGGAACAAAUGCUAUUGUUGAACAAUAUAAUUAAACUGGAUGUUAAAGGACAGUGUUCCCAAGGGAAUCUGAAACAGCUCCUCAUUUGUAUCAUAGGAGGCUUGGCAGGAAACAGGUCAGGCCCCUUAGUCAAUAAAGUUUGCAAUAAAGUGAAUUUCAUAUAUACGUAUCUCACUAAGGGAUUAAAUUUCUACACUGAUUACUGUGAGAAAAGAAGACUUGAUGUAGGGUCUUUUUCUUCAAGUGACACCAGGCAAAUUGAAGAUCUGAUUUGUAAUUACGAUUCAUGGGUUGUUGGAGAUUUGUUCAACUCUACAGAUUUUGGUUAUUGUGCUGUUGUAGAUGAAGUUGGUUUUAGAAAAACUGUCUGCACUAAUACAUCACUGUUGGAAAGCAUCAUGAAAAACCCAGCUCACUUUUGGCUGAAAGACUUCUGUGCUAGCAGUUCAAAUACUAUGCUUGUUCCUACAUUUAUCACUGAUGUAGUCAGUGAAGGUGCGUAUAUUGACUUCACCAUCAGUCCAGCCACCGUUGUCCCUCCUGUAAAAGGAGUAGACAACUACUGUCGUUAUGAGGAGUGGACGGACUUCUCCAUGGUGGAUAAUAAAGUGAUCACGUUCUGUGCCAGUCAUGAUGGUGACCAUUUCACUCAUGUGAUUUGCAGUGAUCAGUCUGCAGUUCAGGAGCUCAUAAAGGGCAAUUUUUGGCUGGCUGACUUUUGCAAUAAUUACUCCAUUCUGAGUGGCAAUAGUGAAUUCUGCAUGUAUGACAAGUGGAAAGAGGAUCCUGUAGAUCCAUUGAUAAUCUCGUUAUGUUGGAGGAGUGACCAAACAAAUUUCAAUAAAUCAGUUUGCAAUGAUGUGAUUGUCCUAAAUGAACUGAUGCUGGAUCCUGGCAAUACUUGGCUUCUAUCUGCCUGCAGUGCUGAGAACAGUUGCAACUAUGAGGAGUGGCUGGACACUCUUUCUGUAGCCCCUGCUGUUGUUGUACUCUGCAAGGAAACUGAUCAAGCUGCUUUUAACUGCAUGGUUUGCACCAAUCCAUCACUCUUGGAGAUUCUGCUGAAUAAUUCUGAAAACUCCUGGCUGAACGACUUCUGUCCCAGCAAUUCACAUUCCACAGUGGUGCCCACUGUAGUUCCAGAGGAAGGCAGUAAUAUAGUACCUGUCCGUUCUACUGCCAACCCAACCAUGCAAGAAAAUCUUAUGACUGCUGUGGAAAGUCUUUGCCACUAUGAAAAUUGGACGUACCCAGCUGUAGUAGAUAGCACUGUGGUAGCAGUGUGUUUCAAUAUUGACAGGGAGCAGUUCAACAUACAUGUGUGCAAAAACCCAGUAAUUCUUCAGGAGCUGUUGAAGAAUGAGUUCAAUCUUUGGCUGACUGAUGUUUGCAGUGAUGCUUCCGUUUUGGCUAGUGGUCAUACUGAUGUGGCCACAUACUGUCAAUACAGUCAGUGGACACAUGAACCCAUCGAUCCUUACGUGGUAGAUUUUUGUUGGAGGAAUGACGAAGCAAAUUUCACUCGAUUUGUUUGUCGUAGUGAGGCAUUGCUAAGUGAGAUGUUGUUGUAUCCUGAAAAUGCUUGGUUAAAAUCCCACUGCAACAUCCAAAUCACUCCACACACAAAUGAUCAGAAUGAAAACUGCAGAUACGAAGAGUGGAUAGAUCUCUCUUCUUUUGAUCUUGCUGCUGUUGAAUUCUGUAGUCAGUAUGACCUCGACAAUUUUGUACAAGCUGCUUGUGACAAUUCAACACGAUUGUGGGGGUUGCUGAUCAAUGUGAGCAGCACCUGGCUCUCUAGCUACUGCUCUCACGUUGAAGGAGAUGGAAUAAAUACUGCUGCCACAUGUGUUUAUUCUUUCUGGACGGAACAACGGGUGGACCCAACCACUGUGGCACUCUGCUUUGACUACGAUCAGAGCAAUUUCAAUAAAUAUGUAUGCCAAGAUCCUGAUGUGCUUCAUGCAUUGAUCAGCGAUCCAGAGAACACUUGGGUUGAGGCGGAUUGCAUGGAAAUCAAUAACUCUACCAACUCUAUAGAGAUCAAGAUCUGCCCAGUGGAAGAUCUCAUCUCGCAACUCCAGUGGACAUGCACUCUGGGCACAUCACAACUAUGCACAUCCGAACAGUUCCGAUUGGGAGAUAUCCCUCCUCUAAUUAUGUGUGGUUUGGAAAACAUUGGUCUGAUGCUUCAUAAUACACUUACUGAAGAUCUGACAGUAAGCUUUAUGGAUGCAAUAAAUAAGAUCUUCAUGGUCUUAAUGACCUUGGAAGAUGAUCGAAUUGCGUUCCUUCAAGUUGUUCAGAAUGCUAAAAGAAGUGUCCUGCAAACUGUUCUAAACUACCUGCAGAAUGAGAAGAACUACAGAAUCAAGAAAGAACUACUCCAGUGUUUUGGGUCUGUCCUGUUGAACUUGGUGAAAAAGGAAGGGGGUUCAUCAGGCAUGGACCUAAUAAGGGAGUAUUUACAACUCUCUGCAGUCGAUCUUCAAGGGGUGCUUUUUGCACUUGACAUUCAAGCUACAAAACAGCUACUACAGCACUUGAAUACAAACUGGAACGGUUUGCAGAUUCAGGAUGAUUUGAAGAGAGUCAUGGCAUCUGUUUACUUCAACAGAAUCCUGCUCAUCAACCCAAAUAUUUUUGUAGAGUUUGAUAAUUUCCUACCACUUCUGUCAGCAUCUGAGAUUCAAGCUCUUCCAGCAAUCGUGGACAAAGAGCAAGUAUUGUACAUGGUUAACCAAAGCUUUGGGAAACUGUCAAGUGACCAGAGACGAGCCUUUGUCCAAUGGGCAGUGAAUGCUGAGCAGUAUAGCAACAUCAGCACAUGGUCUUUGAAAUUCCUGCAUCAAGUUGGUAGUCUGCUGGUAUACCUACCAUUUGAUAAGUUUCAGCUUCUGACCCGUCUACAGAUACUCAAUUCAUUGAAUGUGCUGUUGAUGAAUAAUUUAACUACAGUCCAGGAAAGGUUUGUCAUUCACAGCAUCUUAAAACAGGGAAUCGCAAUGACAGCCUCUGAGUUUGAUUCACUGGGCAGACUGAUAUGUUCUGCAACCACCCAGGACCUAAGAUUCUACAAACAGAAUCUGCACGUGUUUGACAUCAUUAAGAAACAGCUGCUGAAAUGUAUUGGCGAUCAAAUCUUUGUUCCUAAUGAAUUGCUCACAGAAUUUUUGGUCAGAACAACUAGUGUAACCAACCAAGAAAUCUUGAUGAAUGAUGAAUUAUUAAGUAUGGCUGGGCUUCUUCCAAUUCUUGGGGUGUCCUUCAUAAAACAACUUCAACCUUCACAAAUACAAGCAAUGCUCCCGGAACUCAGUGCAAUGACUUUUUCUCCUGUGCAGGCAAGGGAAAUAACUGACAAGAUACUUCAAAAUGUGUCGAUUACAGAGGAGUUGCUGAGCAACCUGGGGUCAUUAGUAAUUGGUCUCAGCCCAUCGAUUAUGCAAGUCAUUCCAACAGCUUUAUUGGUGCAUGCCAUGCCCAGUAUAGCAGAGUAUGGAUGGAAACUCAAUCCUGUUCAGAAGCUGAUCAUUGUAAACAAGCUAUGGGAUUCUGGCAAUAUAAAGUGGAUCAAAGAUUUGGAUUCUCUUAUAAAAGAAAUUCCUCUAAUAUCUUUGAGAUCAAAGUUGAGCAUGUUGCUGUCCAAUAUCAAUGACACCAGACAGAUGAAAUGGUCUGUGCAACAGGCACAGCUACUCUUUAGAAAAGUUUUAGAAGCAAAUGGCCACAAAACGACCAAAGAACUUUUCACUUCUCUUGGAUUUGUGGCACGUGGUGUGGAUUGUCUGACUCUGAAACAUCUAAUCAUGCCCAGUGCAUUUCUGACAUUGCUACAAUUUUUCCAGGAUUUGCCAGUUGAAAUGCCAGUGCCGCUGAGGAAUUGCAUUUUGGAAGCAAUGAAUGGAUUUGUCUUUUCCAUGGAGACCAUGCACAGCAUGCAACCUCAACUGCUGUUUGACCUUCAGCUGUUGAAAAUUAGAAGAUUUUCCAACAACAUGACACAAAGAUUGCUGCAAAUCCUGGUAGAGAAUCCAAUUCCUUUCUUAAAGAUCCCAAGUUCAAAGCAGAGUCUGAUUAUGGACUGGAUUGUACAAGUACUGGAUUUGCAUAAUAAAGGGUUUUCUAAAGCGGAGUUUGAUUUACUGGGACAUGCCCUAGCUUUUGUUUCUGAUGAAAUAUUCAUGGCCAUUUCCCGAGCAGAGAUGAAGGCAAAUUUGUUGAAGAUUAAAGAUUACUGCUUUGACAGAGGAAAGAAAUUUCUGUUGGGAGAUAUGUUAACUAAAGACACGAUGUUUGGUGUUACAACAAGUUGGACCUCACUGACCUUGGAUAAGGUAGACCGCUUGGUUUUCUUCCUUUCAAUUGAUGAUUUACAGAAGAUUCCUCAGGAUGUUUUGAUCAUGGAGAGGAUUGAGAUGUUAUUUCACAGCCAAAAACAUUGGGAAGAAAGUGACUUUGGUUCUACUUGCCUGCAGAAAAUGGAGAAUUCUGAUCUUGACGAUCUCUUCAGAAAACAACAAAUAUUAUUGCAAACCUCAGCCGAACUUCUCAGUGCCAGGCAGCUACAGACCAAAAAUGACCUUGUCCUGAGCUGCAAUGCAGUCCGGACGACCCUUCCAUCCGCAUGGACAAUUGAUUUGUUGACCGGCAUGUCCAAUGAUGACUUCAUCAGCUGCUUGGAAUUGUUUGGUCAAGAUCCUCACUUCCAGUCAUUUGAACUAUUUCAGCUCUUGGAGAGGGUUAAGCAGAUUUAUAGACCCGUGUCGGCAAUGCCACCCAAGGUGAUUGAGCAGCUGGGACGAGUAGCGACUCAGUUCACAGAAAAGGAUUUAACAAGGUUGGACUUGUCGGACCUUGGAGCAGUGAUGGCUCUGGGUAAAAUAGCAGAAUGGAACAGGAAGAAGCUCACUAUACUGUUUACAUCCUUCCUGCGGGUGAACAGGCGCAGGAUAAAUGAACUGGAUUCUGUCAGCUUGGUAGCUCUGGGGCACCUCAUCUGUGGCAUCAAACAAGCAGAUAUCUCUGCAAUAGACCCGAUGCAAUUUAGUAUGGCAGUUCUGUGGAUUGGAAGACUCAGCCUGUCCUGUGAUGAGCAGCAGCUGGCAGCCCUGGCCAAACUUGUCGCUCACUCUCGGACAUUUGGAGAAGUCAGCCGGUGGAGAUCUGAAGAAUUCACUGAAAUUGGUUCUAUUGCAGCUGGACUACCAGAUAUUAUACUGUCAGCUCUGGUUAAAGAACAAAUUGAAGGACUCACUCCUGUUGCUAUUGCUAGUAUCCCGCCAAAGAAAUUUUCAGUUGUAUUCAGUCCCAAACAGAUUCGCAUGUUUAAUUAUCAGCAGGCAGUGGCUGUGACUCCUUCUCAGAUGCAAGAACUUGGUGACUUUCAGAAGAAAGCUCUGGAUAUGGUGCUUACUUCGUGGCACAAAACAGCAAUUGACAUAAGAGGAAGAUCAUCUGGAGAAGUUAUUUCUGGGAGCUUUAUUGGAAUAUUACUGUGUGUUGUUUGUAAUGUUUUACAUUCAAGUGGAGAAGCUUACCUGUAAAAUACAUUUUAUCCUUUGUUACCCUUUAAUGUGUUUGGCUAAUAUUUCAUGAAUGAGUUUUUAGUUGUGUGUUGGACUGACUGCAAACAUUCCAUAUUGAUGAGAUGUAUUGUUUGU